GGCUUUAGGGAUCUGCUGGCCAUAUCGGUUGCCAGUGACUACACGUUUAAGGAGUCGGAGGAGAUAAAAGAGUACUUGGCGGACCCAAGCAAAUUCGCUGGUGUCGUUGCUGCUGGUGGCCCGGUUGCAUGUGGAGAGGCCGAGGUUGUGGACAAGGCUGCAGCUCCCACGGAAACGAAGGCGUCUGAGUCAGAGAAGGAAGAGUCGGAGUCUGAAGGUGACAUGGGCUUCAGUCUCUUCGAUUAA